AUGCGUUGUUUAGGCUGUACACUUGCAAGAAUUGAAGAUCCAACAUUUAUUAAAGAACAUUUAUAUUUUUUAUUUCGACAUACCCAACACUCCUCAAUUAUUGAAAGAAUUGGUUGUGCAAUAGCUACAGGACACUGUGCUUCAGUUUUGGAUCAUGCAGAUUUGGUAUUAACUGAAUUAGAAAAUGUUUCAAAAUGGGAACAUAUGAAAGAAGGAAAAAAGCAAAGUGGUGGUUCUUCUGCUGGAUUUUUGUCUUUUAUUAAGGAUUCUUUACCUUAUGGAAGAUCUGUUGACGCAGAAAUUUUAAAUUUGAGAGCCACAAUAGUUCUGAGUUUUGGCUAUGUUUGUUUUUACUGCCCAACUGAAGGAUUAGUUUUGCGUCUUCAAAAUACAGUUUUGCCAUUUUUACGUCAAUAUACUGCAAAUUCUAAGGAAUCUUCUCUUCGUGAAGCACACUUGGAAACAUUAAAUUUAAUUGCUUUGUCAGUCCAUCCAAAUAGAUUGCGUGAUUAUCGAUUUGAGUCACGUUAUGAAUGUUUAAGUUAUAUAAAGGAAUAUGUUAAUGACGAAAAAUCUUUUGACACCGUAACAACUUUGAUUCGUCUUCGUGCAUGUAAAGCAACUGCUUCACUUGUAUUGUUGGAACCUCCUCUUAGCGAAAACGAAUUUAUUGAUAUAAUUAAUGUCCUUAUUCCAAAUAUAUUUCCAAUAAAUAGAGAACGUGGUGGAUUAAAAGCGCAAAAAGAAGGUGUUGGAAAAUCUGAUGGAAAGGAUGCCACAAAAUGUGGCUUGACAGGUGAAGAUGAUAGUUCAACAGUUAUGGAAGCAACUAUAAUUCAAUGUAGAAAUGCUAUUGCAAAUAUGGUUAAAAUGCGUCCUUGUGUUAGACCUACAGUUGGGGAAUUAUUAAAGUUAUUUUAUCAAUAUUAUGGUAGUGAACGUGAUCAUGAAAGAGCUAGAGCUGUCGAUUUUACUGUUUUAGUAUUACAAGUUUAUUCAGAAAAAGCUUCAGAUGUAACACUUGGAAUAGCAAAAGAAUUUUCUUCACUUUCUUGGAUUAUUGCCCGUUUAUGCCCUCGUUUAUGCGAUUCUUUAAGUUUUGUUCGUCUACAAUCUUUGAGAGCUAUUUGGUUUGCUUUUAAAUUGAGUUUAUUACAUAGAGGACAUUCACCUUCUGAUGUUGAAAUGGUUGACUCUUCUCUUUUUAAUAUUGACAAAUUUAUUGAAUUGUAUUUUGGUGGAACACAAGAAGGACGUUUAGAUUCGAAUAAAUGUAGUGGAGCUAUUUUGGCUAUUUCUAAGGAAGUUGAAAGUCGUCUACCACAAUCUCAAGUCCAAAAUUAUAUUCAUAUGUUAUUCAAAAUGUUAUCUGACAAGCAAGGAAAUGUUAGCAGUGCUGCUGCUCAAUUAUUAACAAAUAUUCUUUCUUAUAGAGCGAAUUUAUUACAAAAAGAGGCAGAAGUUUUGCUAAUAAAUAUGCUCGAUCACUUGGCUAGAACUCGACAAGAAAAAAUCCAAACAUAUACAGAAUUACUUAAUGGAUUUGUACUUUUUUCUGGACAUCAUUUACAUUUGGCUGUUCAAGUACUUUUGAGGCAAACACUUCCAUAUAAUCAGUUGGUGGGGUUUUAA